AAAGACUGGACAAGCAAUCUAGUGCAAUCUGCUCUUCCCUUUUACCCAUUUUUCACGCUCCAAGCUUCAAAUCAAAGACCUGUCGAUUCGCGAAUCUGCCCUAUAACCGACUCUUUUUCACUGUUACGAUCCUCCCUGCCGGAGUUUCUUCGCCGAUUUCUGGUUCUCCAUGUAGUUGUAGUGGACGGACUGUGGUACGGCGGAGCAAUGGCGACGGCAUUGGAGUGCUGGUCGAGUAGGGCUAGUACUGAUGAGGAUGUGGUGGAGCAGGUGCUGAUGAGGACUCAGGAUAGAUCGGAAGGCUCCAAGGCAGAGAGUUCUUUUGGUGUUGGAGUGAAGGAGUCGUCGGCGAUGCAGAAACGGUUGCAGAGAUUGAGUCGGAAUGUGUCGGAGGCGGUGGCGUCGAUUAAAAACUCGUUGAAUCUGGACUCUGUUCGCGAUCCUUCGCCUUCGAGAACCGAGGGGUCUAAGAAGGAGGUUUGGGGGAGUGUUGUACGGAAUCUUACUCUGCUUUAUCCUGGAAGUCAGUUGCCGGAAAAGCUCGUCUCCAGUAUUCGCAAGCAUUAUGAUUCGUUGCCCUUCAGUUAUGCUCAGGCGGGGUUUGACAUGAAAGAUGUCUUUCUCCACAUAAAAUUGAUAGAACAGGCAUCUGUUUAUGAGCACCCUGCUAUUUUUUUCCAAGAAGUGACAUAUAAUGACGUUCAGAAGCCUACAAUGAAGCUCACAUUUGCUUGCAACUCUUCAAUUUCAUGGUCGGCGAUGUCUGGAGCGUUGGAGGGCUCUGACAUUCGCUGCGAGAAGAUACAGAUCUUUGAGAAGAAAAAAUUUACUCUUGGAGUCAUUCUUUUUGCUAACCUAGAUGCCCAAGAUGAGCUCUUCAAACCCAAAGUUGAAAAUGCUCUAAAAUUGGCUAUUAAGAAGCCAAAAACCAACACUGUGAAACUUCCAUUUGGAUUUUGUGGAGGCCAGGAUGGUAACACUCGGGGGAAGGAUCUGAGAGAAAUCGAGGAGGAUGCUAUUGAACAAAAUUGCAGAAGUGGUUUUGAGAGAUUGAAUUCGAAUGAAAAUUUACAGAUAGAAAUGCCCUUAUCUACUUCAUCUUUUGCUGUAUCUGUCGAUGAAUGGCAAACGGUCCAAUCUGGUGGACAUGAGCUGGGUAAAUGGCUGCUGAGCUCUGAGAAUCUCGAGUUCAGUGAUCAGAUUGGACCCAACUCGUUCAAGGGAGUCUACAAGGGCAAAAGAGUAUGUAUAGAGAAGAUUAAAGGGUGUGAAAAGGGAGUUUCUUACAAGUUUGAGCUCCGGAAAGACUUAUUGGAGCUGAUGACAUGUGGGCACAAGAACAUUUUGAUGUUCUAUGGUGUUUGUAUUGAUGAAAAUCAUGGCUUGUGUGUGGUAACCAAAUUAAUGGAGGGUGGAUCAGUACAUGAAUUAAUGUUGAAAAACAAAAGGCUUCAAACGAAAGAAAUAACCAGGAUUGCUAUUGAUGUUGCAGAAGGGAUGAAAUUCAUGAAUGACCAUGGUAUUGCUUAUCGAGAUCUUAACACACAGAGAAUCUUGAUAGACAAGAACGGCAAUGCUUGUUUGGGUGACAUUGGCAUACUCAUUGCAUGCAAAAACUUGGGCGAGGCAAUGGAGUACGAGACUGAUGGGUAUCGGUGGCUAGCUCCCGAGAUUAUUGCUGGCGACCCGGAGAGCGUUAACGAGACAUGGAUGAGUAAUGUAUACAGCUUUGGAAUGGUAAUAUGGGAGAUGGUGACGGGCGAGGCAGCAUAUGGUGCAUAUUCGCCAGUGCAGGCAGCAGUUGGUAUAGCUGCUUGUGGUCUUAGACCUGAUGUUCCAAAGGACUGUCCUCCCACCCUGAAAUCUCUAAUGAUCAGGUGCUGGAACAAUUGCCCAUCAAACCGCCCCCAGUUCUCUGAAAUUUUAUCAGUGCUGCUGGACUCCAACAAUAACAAGCAUAGAUAAAGUAAGUAUAUUCCUCUUAAUCUAAAUGGAUUCAAAGUCUACUCUUAUAAGGUUAUUGUAAAGUGUUCCUUUUUCAUGUAGAAGAUAUGCUCUGCGUUCAAUGUAGAUAUGAGAAGUUCAUGUUUUGAAAAUGUUAAUCCAAUUACUUCUCAUAAUGUAUACAAUGAUUUUCAAAGGAAAAACAAAAGAAAUACCAAUCUUCUUUCGAGUC